UGUUCUCCAAAGGGCUGUAGAGAUAGAGCUGGCAUUGCAAGACUACUGUUUUAGUAACUUGAAAAGUAAUCUGUAAAACAAAAAAUAGGACAAAAGAAAGGAAACAAGUGUAGAAAAUGACAAAAGAGAGAUUGGAUAGAGAGACAGUGAGAAAGGCAGGGUUACAGAGAGAGCAAUGAUGAUGGUGGGAUGUGCAGAGUGAGGGAGGAGGGGCAUCACAGUCAAACAGGGACUGAGAAAGAGGAGGGGAUGAAGAGAAUGUGAGAGAGAUAAUUCAGUUACAUGACUCAGGUUUGUUCAGAAAGCUGCCAGAGCUGCAGCUAUCUGCAGAUCUCUGCAGAUGGAGGUUGAGGACGGAGCCCAGCUCUGCUUUCCACAGUUCCCAAACACCUCCUGCAGGAAGCCCUUGUCUCCUUGGCCCCAAACAGUUACCAAUGUGUUCUACUCCAUCUCUCUGAUCACUGUGACUCUCAACCUGCUCAUCAUCAUCUCUAUCUCACACUUCAGGCAGCUCCACACACCCACCAACAUCCUCCUCCUCUCUCUGGCUGUCUCAGACCUUCUAGUGGGCCUUGUGCUGAUGCCCGCAGAAGUUCUCAGAAAAACAUCCUGCUGGUUUCUUGGUGACUUUGUGUGUGCUACGUAUACUCUUCUUUCAUUCAACAUUCCCUCAGCCUCAAUAGGUGACAUAGUGCUCAUAUCAGUUGACCGUUAUGUGGCUAUUUGUGACCCUCUGCAUUACACCACUAAAGUCACUGCAAGAAGAGUUAAAUUCUGUGUUUGUCUGUGUUGGCUCUGUUCUGUUUCCUACAGCCUUCACUUUGUAAAGGAUCUUCCGACUCAAACAGAUAUUGAUCAAUUCUGCUACGGAGAAUGUUUGUUGAACACUGAUAGCAUCUCAGUGUUUUUUGAUCUUUUAGUUACCUUUAUUGUUCCAGUUACUGUCAUCAUAGCUCUGUAUCUGAGAAUAUUUGCCGUGGCUGUGUCUCAGGCUCGUGCCAUGCGCUCUCACAUUACAGCUGUCACACUCCAGCAUUCAGUGACUCCAAAGGCAAAGAAAUCAGAGCUGAAAGCAGCCAGGAAUCUUGGUGUUCUUGUACUUGUGUUUCUAAUGUGUUUCUGCCCAUAUUAUGUCGUAACAUGGGUAGAUGACAACAGCAAAACAGCUUUAAUUAAACCGUUUAUACUCAUUCUGUAUUUUUUAAACUCUUGUCUAAACCCUGUGAUCUAUGCCUUCUUGUACCCCUGGUUUAGAAAAGCAGUUAAACUCAUUGUAACUCUUCAGAUACUGCAGCCUGGCUCCUCUGAGACCAACAUGCUGUAGAGAGGCUGAGAUCAGACUUGGUCUAAGGAUAAAUGAAUGAAUAUG